GGUGUCUUCUGGUUAUCGUUUCGUUCGAAGGAAGACUAUACAUUUUACGAUGGCAAGUUCAUGUGAAGAAAACUUUUCGGUGGAGAAUGUUAUUCUGUGUUCAAUUUGUUUUGAAAAGUUCAAAACACCCAGGUAUUUGCCGUGCACACAUUCUUUUUGUCAUGGUUGUUUAUCGUCCUAUAUCGUGAGCUCCUGCAAAUCUACGGAUUCGCGUUUGGGUUUUAAUUGUCCAUUAUGUCGUGAAUAUAUUGCAUGUAAUGGUGCGUUUGACAAACCCGAGGAACUGGCAGGGCUUUUUCCAGUUAAUGAAAUCCUAGAAAAAAUAAUAGAGAAACCAAACCAAGGAAUGUGUGAUGCUUGCUUUCGAGACAAUGAAGAAGUUAAGAGCACCCACUAUUGUAUAGCAUGUAUGGAAAGUUUAUGCGAAUUGUGUACGAAAUAUCACAGAAAACAAUUGAUGUUGAAAGAUCAUAAAGUGUACAAGAUUACAGAAAUGAAGCCUGAAACCUUAGGGCCAGUUCUUGGAAAUACCUGUCCUAAACAUAGAAAAGAGAGAGUGAAAGUAUAUUGCCAUGAUCACGGAGAACCUUGCUGUACAAUAUGCGGUUGUACAGAGCAUAGAAAAUGCAAUGACGUUACCACUAUUGAAAGUGCAGUUAAGACACUACGAGACAGAUGUAGCUUUGGUGUUUUAUUAUUAGAGGUGCAACAGCUAAAAAAAAUUUUAUCUGAUGCCAAAGAGAAGGAAGAAAAUAAUAUAACUGAACUUGAUGAGGCGUUGAAAAAAACAACAGAGAUGACAGAAAGAAACUUUAACGAAGUUGUAAAAUAUUUGGAAAAUCUAAAAAAUGAACAUUUAAAGAACGUAUCAGUUGCAGUAAAGGAAAGUAAAGAAAAAAUCAGUAGAUGUGUAGAUAAGUUGUCUGAUGGCAUUCAAUGUGUGAAUUACUGUGAGCAAAAUAUUGAAAGAGCCAAAGCUUCCAACAACGAUUCUGAAAUACUGUUGAAAUAUUACAGUGCAAAACAAGUUUUUAACAAAAUGAAAUUCAGGGAAGAGUUUUCUAAAAAGCAAAUAACAAUAUCUAUAAAUGAUGUAGAAAUCUUUAAAAGAAUAAAACAAUUGAAAUGUCCAACAGAGUUGGAACUCUCAGAGUCUGAAGACAAAAUUGACACUGGAAAUACUAUCAAAACUGUGACACUAUCUUUAGUAAAAGAGUUAGAUCUAGCGGAGAGUGCAUUCAGUGGAACAUUUCUUUCAGAUGGGUCAUUUAUGGUGUCGACACAAUCUAAAAAUUGUUUCAUUUUCGACAAUUGGGCAUUGAUUAAAAAGUUUGACAAAGUCAAUAAAAUUAUAACUUUUGGUAUUUUCCAAUCUGAAAAUAACAUUUUUGUGUCAGGGCAUGAUUCCAUUUCAGUUAUUUCCUUUCAAGAUUACCAGCAUUUAAAAGUCAUACUAUUAAAUGAUAAUCUAAGCGUAUUUGGAAUGGAUGUUUGGAAAGGAAACUUUUACACAGCGUGUUUGGACAAAAUAGUGAAAAUUGAUUCUUCGGGGAAACUUUUAAAAGAAUAUCCAACCCCUAAAAAUGUUGUUAAUGUAAUGAUUCUCAAAAGUGGUCAUAUCGUGUACAGUAGCUGGUCAGAUCAUACCGUAACAUCUAUAAGUAAUGAAGGUGAAAUAAUCUGGACAUACUGGAGUCCUAAUCUUAAAUUCGCCUAUGGACUUGAUAAAAACACCAAUGAACACAUUUUUGUUGCAGGAAAGGAGACUAACAACAUCCAUGUUUUAUCUUCUACCGGUGUACUUCUUAGGGUGUUUGAUAAUAUUCCAAAACCAAUCUUUAUGAAAGUUGACAAGCAGAGCAACAUUUGCUGCGUAUGCAGUGAUUGGAAUAAACUGAAAGUUUUUGAAAUGAAAUAAAACAUGUAUUUAACGAAAAAGAAAGAAAAUGUAUUUGUAGAAUUUUGACACAGAAAAAUGAAAUUGCAAAUGAUGUUUAAAUGAUGUAAAGUGAUGAUAUAAUAUGAAGACACUUAUCUAUUGUCAAUUAUAUUAGGUGGUACAUGUAUUUCAUCUGUAAUGACGCUAGGAUACAAGUUUUAUAUUAAUGAUAAAGACGUUAUGUGUACAAAUUCCAUGUUGUGAUAAAAAAAACGUGUUCAUGUCAUCGUUUGCUUAUGUAAAUGUUUCUUAUGAUGCUCUAAAACAUGAGCUUGGCAAAGACUAAAGUAAAAUUUAGAUUGUAGGUAUAGGUAUUUUAGCACUAUUUAUUUUCUAUGAUUACACAAGUCAAAUAGAAACAAUGUAAUGGAAAUAAUAUGUUACAGAUAUCUAGGGCUAUGUACAGAAAAUGUAGUAGUCUUUACAAUAUCAACAAACGUAAACGCGUCAUUUUUAUGAGAUAUUUCAGUUUUUUUUUCUGGAAAAAUCAAAAUGAUCGAUGCCUCAUUUUCAUAUUAACAAAAAGCUUAAAUUAUGAGAAAUGCAUAUAAAAGGAAUCUUGGCAAAAAGUUUAGAAAAGAAGAAUGUCAUGUAUAAGGUUUAUUUUUACACCUGCACUCCCUAACAUAGAAAAACUAUAGUUAAAUAGUUAACUAUAGUAAAUCAAAGUGUCAAAUUUUUCGCCAAAGUUUUUCAAAGUGUCAAAUUUUUCGCCAAAAUUUUUCAAAGUGUCAAAGUUUUCACCAAAGUUUUUCAAAGUGUCAAAGUUUUCGCCAAAGCUUUUCAAGGUGUCAAAGUUUUCAAUCAAGUUUAUCAAAGUGUCAAAGUUUUCGAUAGAAAUUUUCAA